UAUGAAUCCAUUAAGGAUCUCAUAUAUCCGUAAACAAUUAUCAAAACAUAAUAAUGAAGAAUUAAACAAGGGGCAAGAAAAUAAGUACGAAACAGCAUCUUCAUGUGAUGAUCAAAUUCCGUUUAAAGACUUGCGAAUUUUGGAUAUCGGCUGUGGUGGUGGCGUUUUAUCUGAGUCGUUGGUUAGAUUGGGUGCAUCGGUUGUAGGGGCUGACGCGUCUCCAGAAAAUAUUCAAAUAGCAAGAUUACAUGCUAGGAAAGAUCCAAGAUUAUAUUCUGGACCUGGAACUCUUGAAUAUAGAUGUAUAACCGCAGAAAAAUUGGUAGAGAAAGGAGAAUCAUUUGAUGUUGUGUGCGCGAUGGAAGUCAUUGAACAUGUGAAUUAUCCAGCAGAAUUUCUUAAAGCAUGUGCUGAACUAGUUAAGCCGGGAGGUCACUUAUUUCUUUCGACAAUUUCUCGUACACCGCUUUCGUAUAUACUAACUAUUUUAUUAGCCGAGCGUAUAUUUAAAAUAGUACCAAAUGGAACGCACGAUUUUAAAAAUUAUUUAAGACCUGAUGAAUUACAACACGUUAUUGAACAGGUCCCAAAUAACAGUAAUGUUGGUGAUUUAAAUUCUGAAGUGGUUGGUAACCACAAGGAGGGUGAUAAGUCUAUUCAGGGAAGGAAAUUCGGUAAAUGGGGACAUGUUACUGAUAUUACAGGGAUUGGAGUUAAUCCGAUUACGGGGAAAUGGUUCGAGUUUAACCAUUGGGUACCAAGAAGGAUACAGUUAGAUGUAAAUUAUUUAUUAACCGCAAAAAGAAAUUAA